GGCAGUGGCGAGGUUGUGGUGAGAUGCUGCAAUGAAAAGUGAGUGAGAGAGAGAACGGUGUGUUUUUACAAGUUACGUGAGUUCCUGAGGAGACUUUAAGAGCACGAGGCUUCACUGAGAAUAAAUAUGGAGUGAAAGCGACAGCUAUAUUAUCAUCUAUUUCGUUUGGUUUGUUCCAGGACAGAGAGGCAGCAUGAGCGAAUCCGACGAGGCUUCGGCAAACGAAUGGAAGGAGAAGUACAUGGCUCUAGAAGCUCUGCUCUUGAAGUUCCGUGGGCAGAUGAGCGUGAUUCGAGACCUCACCACAGAAAAGAUGCAGCAGUUGGAGACACAGGUUUUGGAGGCAGAGCGAAGUGCCUAUGAAGCAAAUCAACAGGUGCAGUGGAUGGAGGAGCGUCUGAAGGCUACUGAUGUGGAAUCUGGUGACUCUGAGCUGAAGCUCUUCAGACGCUGCCAAGACCUUCAGGCUGCUCUGCAGGAGAAAGAAGAGCUCAUAACAUCACUGGAGCAACAGCUAGAGGAACAGAAACAGGGCCGAAUUCAAGAUUCCAAGAUUGUAGAGGAGAAAGCUGCAAAGAUCAAGGAGUGGGUGAUGCGGAAGUUAAAUGAGUUUGAAGUAGAAAACACCUCCUUGAAGGAAACAAACCAACAGCAGGAGUCUCAGAUAUUAGAACUGAAAAGACAAAUUCAAGUCCUGGAGCAGGCUGUAGGACACAGAGGGUCGGAUCACGCAAAACCCGGACAGGCCCAGCGGCUUAGCAGCCUGACCUUUGGCUGCUUUCAUGUCCAGGGGAAGAGUCCUCAGGUGCGAACAGGCCCCGUGCCAGUUCAGAAGAGCACCGGCAGUGUGUGUACGACCCUCACACACACCGACGGUAGGAGGCUCUCAGCUGACUGUGGGAAUAAACAAGAUCCAGAGACUGAGGUUGUGUGUCCCAGUCCUGGCAUGGAGCCUGAGCAGGAGAAGGAGUGUGACACUACAGAGGACAUCCUGUCUCACAGUGCUGAGGACAAAACAGAAACAAGGGAACACAACAUUACCAGCUUAGAAGACAAUGACAUACAGCAGCCCAUCUCUAUAUUUUCAUCUCAUCUAGCUGGAUCAGACUCUUCAGCCAAGCACAAAGCCAACGAGGACAGGGUGGACAUUGAGGAUGGCUCCUCGGACGAACUGAACAAGCGCUUUCGCAUGCAGCGCCUAAAUUCUUCGUCCUCCUCCAGUGAGGCCAAUACGCCCAGCCCAGUUCUGACCCCAAAACGUCCCACACCAUCCCAGGAUGCACAUGAUACACCUGCCUCGCCCAAGCAGCCUCGCCUACGCAGCCCCAAUGCCUUUAAUGUUAGCGUUGCUCUAGCCAAGAAGCACCUAAGCCAGCCAUCAGUAGUUAGCGAAACAGUCCACGGGAGAACCCGCAAUGCCAUUAGCAUGCUACGUCCAUUAAAGCCACAGGAGACUGAUUUGAACCAGGAGCAGGAGAUGGAGACCAGUGAAGGUACGAUACCCUUUGAAGAGCCUUCUAAAACCCCAGCAGAUGAGCCGAAGUCCCCUGAUGCAACUGCACAUUUACCAGGGAACAAGCCUCCCACCCCUCCACUGCACAGGUUCCCAUCCUGGGAAAGCCGAAUAUACGCUGUGGCUAAAUCUGGAAUUCGGCUUUCAGAAACAUCAUGUACAGAUGUAGCAAAUAAGGACUCCUCCCACCCAUCCUCAUACCCUGCCUUCAUGCUGUAUACAUCGCUUAUCUACAGAAACAUGAACACACCGGUCUACACCUCAGUCAAAGGGAGGGUGGCGCUGCUGAGCAGCACUCAGUUUUCAGAGGAGUCCUCCACCUCAGAGGAAGAGGAGGGUUCAGAAGAGUGUCAUUCAUACUCGGGUGAGGAGGAGAGCAGUUUGCGUGCUUCCAGCCCCAACUGUGCCAAAAGUCAGGAAAGCUCCCUCAGGAGAGCUGUGUCCCUUUCUUCUAUGGCAUCUGAGAGUGACUACGCCAUCCCUCCUGAUGCCUAUUCUACAGACACCGAGUACUCUGAGCCUGAGAACAAACUGCAAAAGACCUGCUCUUCCACCAGUGACAGUGGCAAGAGUGAGCCAAUGGAAAAGUCUGGCUACCUGCUUAAGAUGGUCAAGACAUGGAAGAAGACCUGGAAACGCCACUGGUUUGUCCUGAAAGAUGGAGAACUGAUGUACUACAAGUCACCGAGUGAUGUCAUCCGUAAACCUCAAGGCCAGAUUGAGCUCACCGCUUCCAGCACUAUUUCCCGUGGCGAUGGCAAACAAAUACUUCAGGUGGUGACAGGAAAACAUGUGUAUCAUUUAAAAGCAGACUCUCCUAACCUACUAGAGGAAUGGCUGAUGGUCCUGCAGUGUGUACAAAAAAUCAAAGCAGCCAGUCCUCUGUUCACCCAGCCCAGUGUCCGGCCAACCAUGAAGGGACAUCUGACUAAGAUGAAGCAUGACUGUUCUAAGCGUGUGUGGUGUGCGCUUAUUGGAAAGACACUAUAUUACUUCAGAUGCCAAGAAGACAAGUUCCCCCUUGGUCAGAUCAGGCUAGCAGGGGCAUGUGUGGAAGAACUGAACUCAGAUGAUAACAGUAAGAAUGGUCAGUCCUUUCAGUGUGCCAUCUCCAUCCAGACCUUGAACCAGAGCCCCACUUACCUGCACGUAGAUUCCCCACAUGAGAAGGCAGCAUGGCUGUACCACCUGUCAGUGGCAGCGGGCAGCAAUGUGGGGCAGGUGGGAACUGAGUUUGAGCGGCUGGUUGGCAGAUUGCUCAGUGUGGACGGGGACCCAGGCUCUCAGGUGUGGAGACAUCCCAUGUUGUGCUUCAGCAAGGAAGCCCUGUCCACCCCGCUCACCACUCUGCCCUCGCAGGCCUUACAGACCGAAGCCAUCAAACUUUUUAAGACAUGCCAGCUCUUUAUUAAUGUGGUCAUCGACACUCCAGCUAUAGACUACCACGUGACACUGGCACAGUGUGCACUGCAGAUGUGUCUCACACACUCCGAGCUGCAAAACGAGAUCUACUGCCAGCUCAUCAAACAGACCCGCAGGAGGCAGCCUCAAGGCCAGCCAUGCCCAUUGCAGGGUUGGCAGUUUCUGGCAUUGUGUGUGGGACUCUUCCUGCCACAGCAUCCCAUUCUCUGGCUUCUCCAAGUCCAUCUCAAAAAGCAUGCUGACCGCAGGACAGAGGUGGGGAAGUAUGCCAUUUACUGCCAGCGUUCUAUGGAGAGAACCCAGCAGAAGGGUGAGCGUCAGGCCCGGCCCUCACGAAUGGAGAUACUGUCCAUAUUACUGAGGAACCCUUACCACCACUCGCUGCCAUUCAGUGUGCCUGUGCACUUUCUCAACAACACCUAUCAGGUUGUUGGAUUCGAUGCCUCCACCACAGUGGAGGAGUUUCAGAACCGUUUAAACCAUGACACAGGCAUGAGGAAGACGGGACAGUCUGGUUUUAGUCUCUACUCAGACGACCCCACUGGACAAAACCUGGAACACUGUCUAGAGGGCAGUCUGAUGAUUUGUGACAUUAUCGCUAAAUGGGAGCAGGCCUGUAAGGAAUUACACACAGGCAAAUCUGAGAACACCAGGACUGUGAAACUGACCUACAAAAACAGGUUGUACUUCUCUCAGCAGCAGAGAGGAGAGACUGAGAGAGAGCGCCUGCUCUUGGCCUAUCAGACUAAUGAGGAGAUUGCAGCAGGUCAUUUCCCUGUAAACAAAGAGCUUGCCCUAGAGAUGUCAGCUCUGCUGGCUCAGGUGGAAUUUGGAGACUUUGAGCGUCCUUUCGCAAGUGCAACCGGCUCUGGCUCUGGACAGACCAAAUCUACACAAACUCUAAAGCAAGUUCUGGAGCGAUUCUACCCCAAGCACUACAGACGAACCUGCUCAGAAGAGCAGCUGAGGCAGUUAAGUGAGAGGAUCUCUGCUCGCUGGGCUUCAUUGAGGGGACGCUCCACCUCAGAGUGUGUGCGGAUUUACCUGACUGUUGCCCGCAAGUGGCCCUUUUUUGGGGCUAAGCUGUUUGAAGCUGAGCCCCUCUCACCCUCUUCACUGCAAAGCACACGUGUUUGGGUAGCAGUCCAUGAGGACGGACUGAGUGUGUUGGACUUUACAUCUAUGAAACUUCUAGUGUCCUUCUCCCAUAAGAACAUUGUAACAUUUGGAGGUUGUCGUCAAGACUUCAUGCUGGUGGUGACUCAGAGCUCCAGAAGCAACACAGCCAGGGAAAAGCCUACUGAGAAACAUCUAUUCACCAUGAGCACUUUUAAGAUCCGAGAGCUGACGCUCCUUAUGGCCAGCUACAUUAACAGCUCCCAUCAGCAGAAGUCAGCAGCACACCAUCUCUCUGCCCCAGCACUGCUGCUGGCCCAGUGUCAAUCUGGAGAGCAACACAGCUCUAAAUCCCCUCCUGCAGGCAGUGGCAGACCCAGCAAAGCCCCCACACUGCUCUGAUGUGCCUUACACUGGUACAGCCUCGAAACUUGGAAUGGGCUCGUAUUCAAAAUGACUUGCAACUGCUCUAGGGAACAGGAACUUGGACCAGAUUUGCAUUUUGCUGUGACUUUCCUUUGUUGACCUGAAUCCGUAAAAGUAUGAAGAACAAUACAUGCCCUUUUUCUUUUUACGCUUCAUAAAAAAAGGAUGUAAAAAUCGGAGGUAUUUCUCAUGCCAAGUGUGUCCUAAAAUGAUUAGGGACAACAAAGCUGCAGAUGUACUAACAGGACUACAUAUGAAAUCAUUUCAAAGGAAACUAUGUAAAUGUUGACCAGACAUUUUUGUUAUUCUAAUCAGCUCAUGGAUUUUUCGAGAAAUAGAGAUUAUUCCGGAAAUAGAGUCAUCCUGGAGCUCAGGAAAAAGAAGAAAGACAUUCCAAAAAAAUUGAAUUGCAUUUAAUUUUCUUCAACACAGACAAAGUUACAGACAGGAAAAGCAUAACUAAAGCACACUGUGGAGGCAGAUCAGGUUUUCUUAAAAAAAAAAAAAAAAACAAGCCAUUGCAGUUGAAUGCUGGAUUGGCAGGUAGAUAAAAGAGUAGCUCACAUGGAUUAUACGUGAAACAUGCUUGAUUUACAGGAAAUGUGUACAAGCUGAAAGCAGCAGGGUAUAACAGUACUUUCGGAAUGACUCAACCUACAGCAGGGUUUUGUUUUUUUCUGGCAGGGUAGAUUCUUUACCACAACCCAAAUUAAAACUGUGAGCCACAGGAAGUAGAUUUACAACGAAAGUGGCAACAUUGUGCAUUGAGAAUCUUCUUCUUCUUUCAGCUUUUCUCUUCAGGGGUCACCACAGCGAAUCAUCUCUCUCCACCUAUCCCAAUCUUCUGCAUCCUCAACACUUGCACCCACUAGCUUCAUAUCCUCAUUUAUUCCAUCCAUAUACCUCCUCUUUGGCCUUCCCCUUUGCCUCCUGCAUGGCAGCUCCAUGUCCAACAUUCUCCUACCAAUAUACUCACUCUCCCUCCUCUGAACAUGUCCAAACCAUCUUAAUCUGGCCUCCCUAACUCUGUCCCCCAAACGUCCAACAUGAGUUGUCCCUCUGAUGUACUCGUUCCUAAUCCUGUCCAACCCUGUCACUCCCAAAGAGAACCUCAACAUCUUCAGCUCUGCUACCUCCAGCUCUGACUCCUGUCUCUUCCUUAGUGACACUGUCUCUAAACCAUACAGCAUGGCCGGUCUCACCUUCCCCUUGAUUCUCGCUGAUAUUUUUCUAUUACACACAACUCCAGACACCAUUCUCCAACCAUUCCAACAUUGUGAAUUGAGAAUAAUACGCCACAUCUAUGCCGUGCAGUUAUUAAGGGUCUGUUUUAAGUUUUAUUUCGAAUCUAUUUAUUGUAAAAAUGGGAAUCUUCUGCCAAGGUUCCUUAUGUAUACACAUUCCAAUAAAUAUUAAAUGUUAUAAAACAGGUUCAAUAGCUUCAGUAUUUUUAAAAGACUAAACAUGUUUACAUAUUUAAAAAAAAAACUUCUGUAGAGAUAUUCAGGUACUGGAAUUUAAAAAGAACUUCCGUGGAAGCUGCUUUUAUAAUGUUAUUAUUCCAGAGUAGGAGUGAAUGUGUGCCUUGUCUCUCAUCUGUGUAUGUGCCUCUUUAUACUAUAGUAAAAUGAAUUACACAUUCUAAA